ACGCUGAAAGCAGAUUCACCAUAAAAUCAGAGGAAAUGCAAGCCCUCCAGUCCAAGAUGAAGAAAGAGAUACAGGCUCUCCAAUCAAAAGUAAAAGAAUUAGAGCAGGAUGUUUUUUUAGUACAGGAUGAUUUAUCAGAAAUGGAUUUUCUCAAGCGAAAAUUGGAACUGAAAAAUGUGGAACUAACUAGUGAAAAUAUUG